CAAGGUGCUAGGUGUUAAGGGUUUACAGCUGUUAAAAUAUUCCUGAUAUUUCCACCAGCCAUGAUUACUCCUCUUGAUAUUUUAUCGUUGGAAACUUGGAUUUUAAUCCUGACUUCAUUCAUUCUUAUCAGAUUAUACAUCCAUAAGAAAUGGCAAGUGUUAAAGAACUUAAACAUUCCACAUGACCAACCUACUAUACUUGGCAUUGGAAAUUUGAUGGAUUUCAUUAAAAACCCUGAGUUUUUGUUUAUGGGAUAUUUUGAUUUGAAGAAAAAAUACGGACCAAUAUAUGGCGCAUACAAUUGGCUUACACCCUCCAUAACGAUAACUGAUCCAGAAAUUUUGAAAAAAAUCUUUAUUAAAGAGUUUUCUACAUUUCCUGACAGGCAGAUUGCUCUACUUGAUGUAAAUGGUAAAGAAAUGAACUCAGCUUUGACUGUUGUGAGUGGGAGGAAAUGGAAAAGAAUUAGGAACACCCUCUCUCCCACAUUCUCAUCAUCAAAGUUGAAAGAAAUGUUUGGUAUAGUUGAAGAUUGUGCCGAUAGUUUUGUUCAAAACAUUGGAACGAUAAACUCAGAUGUUGACGGAAGAUUUGACGUUUCAUUAGCAUUUGGACGACUAACGUUGGAUGGGAUUUGUUCUUCAGCAUUUGGUGUCAAAGUUGACUCCCAGGCAGGAAAUAAUGGUGAAGAAUCUCAGGUGGCAAAAAUGGCUCGCGAGUUGCUUGCGUUUGAAUUCUUCAGGAACCCAAUGUUAUAUGUGUUUUUAAUCUUCCCAUGGACGGAAAAAAUUGCAGAAAAGUUUGAUUAUACUAUUUUCCCGAGAAAGUACGUCAGAUAUUUUGCAAGACUUAUCGAUUCUGUUGUUGAAAGUAAAAAGGAAAAGAAACAAAGAACAGACAUCUUGCAAACAAUGAUUGAUUCUCAAAUAACAGAAGAAGAUGUGAAGAAUGGAGCAGUGAAAGGGGUUACAAAAACUGAAAUGAAAGGCAACAGUAUAAUCAUGUUGCUGGCUGGAUAUGAAACAACAUCUAACGCCAUGGUGUUCCUUGCAUAUAACCUGGCUGUGUAUAAAGAUGCACAACACAAAUGCAGAGAAGAGAUUGAACAAGUCAUUGCUGAACAUGGUGGAUUGACUUAUGAAGCUGUGCAGGAUUUGAAAUAUAUGACUCAGUGUCUCAAUGAAUCUAUGAGGCUUUAUUCGCUUGUACCUGCUAAUUCAAGAUACUGUGAACGCGACAUUACAAUAAAUGGGGUGACCAUUCCUAAAGGGACACUCGUAAAUAUCCCAGUGUUUGGAAUGGGAAGAGAUGAAGAGUUUUGGAAUGAACCUUUGACUUUUAACCCAGAUAGAAUGUUGGACAUGAAUGAGAUUGAUCCAAUGAUAUUUCAACCAUUUGGUGCUGGUCCACGUAACUGUAUUGGAAUGAGAUUUGCACUUCUUGAAAUUAAAAUCACUUUCGCAAAACUUCUGCAGAAAUUUUAUCUCGAUGUUUGUGAAGAUACCCCUGCACCUCCGUUAAAAGUUGGAUUCAAAACCAGCAUGAAACCAAAGGAAACUCUCUACUUGAAAGUUAAAGCAUUAGAGAUUAGAGUAGUUCCAUCUUUACUGGUGUAUUAUCUUCUAACUGUAAUUCUGUAAUUAUUCUGUCUUUAAUUGGCCAAGUUUUAUCAAAUGAUUGUUUUAACUCUGUACUUUUAAUACGAUAAUUUUCAUUGCAAUUUAAACCACUAUUCUGCUUCUAUUGCUACCAUGGUUAAUUUUGAAAAACUGUUUCUUAGGUCUCACCCUUACAAAACAGUAUAUAAAAAAUCUGUAUGUUUUCAUUAUGAUUUUGGGUUUCAUUUUUCAAAUUCAAUUUUGAUAUCUUGUUUUGAACUAAAAUGACAUGAAUUUUAUUUCAUGUGAAUUUUAUAUCAUGUAAAAGUGAAUGAUUAAGACUUAUUUCGUUUCAGCAAUGUAACUACUGUGAAGGCAUGUGGUGUUACAUGAUCUUAAGUAAUGGGUCAACUCUGGCUUAUAAACCACAGCCCCUAACUUGCUUCGCAAUAGGAUUUGUCUCAUGUUUGUAGCAGUUGACUAUGCUUUAAGAUUUAUUAAUAAAGUUUACCCACAUUAACUUAACGCAUAAAGAUUGAAUAAAUUGUUGUGUUGCGUAAAUAUAACACCCGGCCCAACUGUAUUGUAUAAUUAAGUGACGUAUCAUGCAGUUUACUGUGAAUAUGAGGAAAUGAAAUUCCAGUCUGCCAUUCUUCAAUUUCAAUCUAUUAUUACAUUAACCAUUGCUGUGGUAAUUUGUGUUUAUUUGUUUAAUCUCUGCAAUAAAUGUCAAUUUUAACCCAAAUAUUACUUUCAG